CAAUUUUCUCCACGGGAAAAAUGACAAGAAUAACAAAGACCCAAAACUCGACAUUCAAUCAGUGAAAAGGAAGUUUAACAGAGCAUAUCAAGUCGGAAUAAUCGCAUCUCUCUACUAUCAUGUCAGAGAAUUAUUAGGAGAUACGAUCAAAUACAAUGCGAAAGACAACUAGGAAAACUCUCUUCUUGUUUGGACAACCCAUCGAGCACUCCGUCUCUCCUGUAUUUCACAAUACACUUUUUAAAUCAUUAAAGCUUCCGUGGAGAUAUAUCAGGCUAGAUUCUCAAGAUGCCGAAGAUCUGGCAUGGUUCAUGCGAAACGCCGAUUUCGUUGGGGCAGCUGUUACAAUGCCGAACAAGACACGAGUCAUUCCAUACCUUGAUACGCUGACGGAAGAUGCGCGAAGAAUAGGGUGCGUCAACACGAUAUACACCAGGGAGGUUACCAGCAAUAGGGAAGGAGGACACUCGCUGGUGGGGACAAAUACAGAUUGGCUUGGGAUCAAGAACGCUCUAUGGAGUCACGACCCGGGAUUGGUUCAUCUUCUCCAAGAACGUCCCGCGGUAGUAAUUGGUGGUGGUGCUACGUCUCGGUCAGCGAUUUAUGCGCUGACAGAGGGUUUCGGUGUCAAAGAGGUGUUUUUAGUGAAUCGCGACGCAGAGGAAGUGGAGGUGAUGAUCAAGGAUUUGAAGAAACGCGGUAUGCGAGAGGCUCUUACCCACCUUGAAACAAUGGAAGACGUGUCUAAAAGGUUGCAUGUCUGCCCGGCUGUGAUUAUUAGCGCUGUGCCUGAUAUGGGUCCACAGACACCCUUGGAACAGUUGGCGCGGAAGAUCGCUUUGACGUUGAUUCAGAUGCAAGAUACAGAUAGCGGGAUCACACCAGGUGCUCUCUUAGAAAUGGCUUAUACGCCAAGCCCGUGGACACAACUGGCAAAGGCAGCAUCGGCUGCGGGUUGGAAGAUUAUCACUGGUAUCGAUGUGAUGGAACUGCAGGCUAUUGAACAAGCCGCUCUUUGGACCGGUGUGAAUAUAGAGACACUGCCCUAUGAAGAGGCAAGGAAUGCUAUGAGAUCCGCAAUUUUAGCUCGGGGUAAGUGCAAGAUAUGAUUACACUAGCCAUUUUGAACGGUGCUUAGUAGCGGGUUUAUCUUCACCCGGGCUGUGAGGGGAACAUU